AUGGCCGACACCACGGUGCCUAAGGCCAUGGAGGCCAUGGCAAUAUCGAAGACGAAGGAGCUAAAGGGCACCGAAAAGCGUGAUACCUUGAUUGAAAUUGAGAAGAAAUACCAGUCCAUGUGGGUAGAGCAAGGCGUCUUCGAGGUAGAUGCGCCAUCCAUCGACGAGUAUCCCCUGGGCUCAAUCAGCGCCGAUGAGCUUCGCGAAAAGUUCCCCAAGUUCUUCGGCACCAUUGCCUACCCUUACAUGAACGGCCGUUUGCACGCCGGUCAUGCCUUCAGCUUCAGCAAGAUUGAGUUCCACACCGGGUUUGCCAGGAUGCAGGGCAAGCGCUGCCUGUUCCCCCUGGGAUACCACUGCACAGGAUUGCCCAUUAAGGCAUCGGCCGACAAACUGGUCAAGGAGGUUGAGAUGUUUGGCCGCGAGUUCGAGCGGUACACAGAGGACGCCGAUGAGGAACCUGCGCCAGCUGCCCCUACACAAAAGGGGGCCAAGGAAGACCUAACAAAGUUCAACGCCAAGAAAGGCAAGGCCGCUGCAAAGACAGUUAAGGCCAAGUACCAAUGGCAAAUCCUAAACUCGGUGGGAAUUCCGCUCCAGGAAAUUCACCUGUUCUCGGACCCCCAGUAUUGGCUCAAGUAUUUCCCUCCCGAAUGCAAAAAGGACCUGACCAAUUUUGGCUGCCGGAUCGAUUGGAGGCGGCAAUUUGUGACGACCGACGCGAAUCCAUAUUACGAUGCUUUUGUCAGGUGGCAGAUGAUUCGUCUGAAGGAGCUGGAGAAGAUCAAGUUUGGCAAGCGCUAUACCAUCUAUUCCAUUAAGGAUGGCCAACCCUGCAUGGACCAUGACCGGAGCGAAGGCGAGGGUGUUCUUCCACAGGAAUAUACUGCCUUGAAGCUCAAGGUGGUCGAAUGGGCGCCCAAGGCUGCCGAGAGCCUUAAGGGCAAGAUCCCCGACGGCGUCUCUGUAUAUCUGUGCCCCGCGACUCUCAGGCCUGAGACCAUGUACGGUCAAGUCUGCUGCUUCGUCGGACCGAGCUUGAGCUACGGAGUUUUCAUGGCUUCUGAGAAAGAGUAUUUCGUCAUAACCGAGAGGGCUGCCAGGAAUAUGGCGUACCAGGGCAUUUUCGAAAAUGAGGGCGUCCCUGAAAAGGCAGCAGACAUCGUGGGCUCUGAUCUGAUUGGUACCGUGGUACAUGCUCCUCUCAGCUUCCAUCCCCAGGUCCGUGUCCUUCCUAUGGAGUCCGUCCUGGCCACCAAGGGCACCGGUGUUGUGACAUCCGUCCCUUCUGAUUCCCCAGACGACUUCGCCAUGGUCACUGAGCUCGCCAAAAAGCCCGACUUUUACGGCAUCAAGAAAGAGUGGGCAGAGUUGGAGAUCAUCCCCAUCAUCCAGACACCGACCUCUGAUCUGCUGGCUCCGCACCUCGUCAAGAAGCUCAAGAUCGCUUCCCCCAAGGAUGCCAAGCAGCUGCAGGAGGCCAAAGAGCUUGCCUACAAAGAGGGUUUCUACCAGGGUAUUAUGAAAGUGGGCGAUUUCAAAGGCGAGAAAGUGGAGGUCGCCAAGCCCAAGGUGAGGGAGCAGCUGAUCCAGAACGGAGAGGCCUUUGCCUACUCUGAGCCUGAGAACAAGGUGGUCUCGAGGUCCGGUGACGAGUGCACCGUUGCCCUUCUCGAUCAGUGGUAUCUCGACUAUGGCGAGGACUCUUGGCGCGAUAUUGCCUUGGAUUAUGUCGAGAACAAGGAUGGCAAAGGCCUCGAAACCUAUUCCUCGGACACACAACACGCUUUCAAGGGCGUCCUCAAUUGGCUGAAGCAAUGGGCCUGCGCAAGAACAUACGGCCUGGGUUCUAAGCUUCCCUGGGAUCAUAACUUCCUCGUGGAAAGUCUGAGCGACUCGACUAUCUACAUGGCCUACUACACGCUCGUCCCUUGGCUGCACAAGGACCUCUUUGGAAGGGAAAAAGGCAAGGGCAAUAUCGCCCCUGAGCAGAUGAUUGACGAAGUCUGGGACUACGUCUUUUGCAGGACCGAGUUAACAGAUGAAAUCAUUUCCAAAUCUGGCAUCCCCAGGGCGACUCUUGAGGGGAUGAGGAGGGAUUUCGAGUACUUCUAUCCUCUUGACAUCCGAGUCAGCGGCAAAGACCUGAUCCCCAACCACCUUACCUUCUGGCUGUAUAACCACAUCGCUCUCUUCCCACGGGAAUACUGGCCUCGCUCAGUGCGUGCGAACGGGCAUCUCCAACUGAAUGGCGAGAAGAUGAGCAAAUCGACUGGCAACUUCAUGACGCUGGAUGAUAUCGUCAAGAAGUAUGGCGCCGACGCUGCUCGUGUAGCCCUCGCUGAUGCUGGUGACGGAAUCUCGGAUUCCAACUUUGUUGAGGAUGUGGCUGAUAACACGAUCCUGAGAUUCUACACCAACAAGGAGUGGAUCGAGGAGACGGUCAAGGACGGCAAACUGAGAACCGGCCCGCUCAACGACUUCCAGGACGCCCUCUUCGACAAUGAGAUGAAUGCUCUGGUGCACGAAGCGAGAAAGCAAUACGAGGAAACUUCAUACAAGUUGGCGCUUAAGGCAGCUCAUUACGACUUCUUGAACGCCCGUGAUACCUACAGGGAGGCCUGCAAUGCGGCCGGCAUUCCCCUCCACAAGGACCUGGUCUACAAGUACAUCAGACUCCAGGCUUUGGUCCUCACCCCGAUUGCCCCUCACUGGGCAGAAUAUGUGUGGCUUGAAGUCCUUGGCGAGAAGAAGUCGAUCCAGUGGGCCGCCUGGCCCGAGGUGCCUGCCGCUGACCCGAGUCUGAGCGCUGCCCGCGAGUAUGUCCGGCAGACGGCGUCGAACAUCAACUCUGCCGAGGCGGCGCAGCUCAAGAAGAUGGCCAAGGGUCGCCAGAGUGACUUCGACCCCAAGAAGCCCAAGAAGCUCACCAUUUUUGUGGCCGAGUCCUUCCCAACCUGGCAGACAAAAUACAUUGAGUUGCUGAAGGAGGUGUGGGAUCCGGCAACAAACUCUCAGAAGAUCGACGACAAGGAGCUCAACGGCCGGAUCGGCAAGAUGGGCGAAAUGAAGAAGGCGAUGCCGUUUGUGCAGUCGCUCAAGAAGCGCCUUAGGGAUGGCGAGCCAGCCGACGCCGUGCUUGGGCGCAAACUCGCCUUUGACGAGAAGAAGAUUCUCCUGGCCAUGGUUCCCGGUCUUAAGCGGACCGCCGGCCUCGAGUCGGUGCAGAUCCUGGCUGUCGAGGAGGGCAGCAACAAGGGGAAGGACCUGACGGCCAACGGCGAGGAGGUCGAAAUCAAGGCCCCAGCUGCCGAGUCGGCACUGCCCGGGCAGCCUACUUUCUUCUUUGAGAACAUCUAA